AUGGGAGGAAAUCGGUACGAUAAAGACCGAGAGUAUUCUAGUGGAGUUGGAAGUAGUUAUCGAAGGUCAAGGCAAGAAGAAAGUGGUGGUAGUACUGGCCCAAGCGAAGUAGGCAGAGAUUUUGCAAGUCGUUAUGGAGGUUUAUUCUCGGAAAAAGACUGGAAAUGUCCCAUUUGUUCAAAUAUCAAUUGGGCACGACGUCCAGAAUGUAAUCAAUGUAAAACACCAAAACCAGGUUUAGAAGCUUCUGUAGGGUCAAGAGAAGGACGUGGUGGUGGAUUCAUGGAACGUGAUGAGGUAGUCGAAUAUCGUAAAUCGAGAGAUGCAGAGAAAGAUGAUGAAUGGGAUGAAUUUGGUAGAAAAAGAAAACGAAAGGACAAUUUUUUAAGGGGUGGAGGUUGUAGUAACAAUGAUAGCGAUAAUGAUGAUUUUAAAUCUGAAAAAUCGGCUUUGGAAAGUAAUAAAAGUGGAGAUGAACUAGAAGAGGAGGAAGGGGAUGAUGACGAUCGUUGGGCUACAUGGGAUGAUAUCAUUGGAAAUGAAGAUUCAAAAGAAGCAAAUGAUAAUAAAGACAAUAAAAACAAAUCAUUAUCAACGUAUAGUGAACGACAACAACGUUGGAAUAAGCUUUCCCAUCGACGUUCAUCUCGAUCUCGCUCACCAUACAAACGAGAUCGUUCUUCAUCUCGAGAUAGGAGAUCGCGUAAAAGUAGAUCAAUUUCUCGAUCAAGUUCAAGAGAUAAGAGAAGAUCAGGAAACGAUGAUCGAUAUAAAUCUAGAUCUAGGUCAAAUGGUAGAGGAAAACGUAUCGUAGUCGAUCUAGAUCUCUUUCUAGGGGUAGGAAAAGGUCUAGUUAUUAUCGAAGCAGAUCACGCUCAAGGAGUCGUGGUAACAGAUAUGGAAAAAGAUAUUUUAUUUAUGUUUCUUGACUUUGAACAAUGA